AUGAAAUUUCUGUUGGUUUUUGAUUUUGACCAUACAAUCAUAGAUGAAAAUAGUGAUACCUGGAUUCUGAAAUGUGCUCCUGAGAAAAAGCUUCCUAAUGGAUUAAGAAACUCCUACCGACCAGGACACUGGACAGAAUAUAUGGGCAGAGUCUUUGUCUACUUGGGAGACAAUGGCGUCAAAGAAGAUGAGAUGAAAAGAACUAUGACAACAAUCCCUUUCACUGCGGGAAUGGUAGAUCUUCUGGGUUUUAUUGGCAAGAACAAGGAGUUGUUUGACUGCAUAAUUGUUUCAGAUUCUAAUACAGUAUUUAUUGACUGGAUUUUGAAAGCUGCUGACUUCCAUAAGGUGUUUGAUGAAGUGUUUACAAACCCUGCAGCAUUCAGCAGUACUGGCUAUCUGACUGUACAGGACUUCCACGCUCACUGUUGUGCAAAGUGCCCUAAAAACCUUUGCAAAAGGGAAAUUUUAAAAGAAUUUCUAGCUAAACAGUUGGAGCAAGGAGUAAGUUACACACAAAUUGUAUAUAUAGGUGAUGGUGGGAAUGACUUAUGUCCUGUAAUGUUUUUGAAGAAGGGUGAUAUUGCUAUGCCCAGGCAGGGCUAUACCUUGGAGAAAAAGAUUUCUCAAUUGGCCCAAGAUCUCAGUCCUGUAGAGUGUUCUGUUCUGGUUUGGUCUUCUGCUAUUGACAUUAUGUCUUACUUGAAACUGCUUAUAAAGGAAUAA